GCGGCGCAGGCCUUCGGCUUCGACCAGUGCUUCGAGCGGCCCCGUCGGGAGCACUUCGUCCUGGACUUUUUUAAUGAUCCAAAUGUGAACUCCAAUUUGAAGUUGCUUUCAGGUUCUGGAGAGUGGACUACAUUAGGUACCAACAUGAAAAAUAUUGAAGCUACAGUUGUUCCUUGUACACAAGUUUCCAUGUCAUUUUUUGACCGAUUGUACACUGAAGGAGUUGUUAGAGAGACUGGCCAUAUUGUGAAGUGUUAUGAUGAGUAUUAUGAUGACAUUCCCAUCUCAGAUGAGUUAAGGAAGGUUUUGCUCCUGGAAGACUCAGACCAUUUUGAUUUAUUCAGCCAGUCAGAACGUGAGGAGUUUCUCUUCCGUCUUUUUAAACAUCUUUGCCUUGGAGGAACACACUGUCAAUUUGAAGAUGUACUUGAUCCAUACUUAGAAACUACAAAGGCGUUAUAUAAAGAUCUUGUGAGUGUUCAAAAGCAUCCUGAAACAAAGGAAAUAAGUGUUACAUCUACGGUCUUCAAAGUUGCUGCCUAUGUGCCCCAGGAGCAGGGGGAAAUUCCAGAGCCUCUGCUGUCCCACUUUAGCCAGGCUGCCCAGGGAAUUGGGCUCAGUUCAGGACAGUGGCAGUGGUGGUACCAGGAUCUGCCCCAUGGAAGCUCCUCACAUCAUAUGCAAGGGCACCAGUGGACUGGACAAAAUGGAGAUGGAACUAUAAUCCAAGUUCUUCUUCCCAGGUGAGUGCCUUAACCAUCUGGGUAGAGCCAUGCUCUCUCUUUGGCCCAAUGUAUGUUGAAUUCUUUUAUUUAAAGUGCAAUAGUUGCAAGAGGAUAAAUGGAGGUUUCAGUCCCCCUAAGUUCAUCUAAAUUUCCCACUUUUUGCAUGAGCCUGAAUUGUGCAUGAGGGGAGCAGCAGCAUUCAUCCCCCAUUCCCCACACUUGCAUUAAAAAAAAAAGUACC